AUGUCGCGUGCAGUUCCACCAUUAUCUAGAAAUUCACAAGCACCUGGUACAAGCAGUGGUCGUCCAAUAGGUACGGCUACUCGCUUAACAACAGCAAGUGGACAACGUCCUUCAAGUCGUGGUGGCCCAUUGGGUUCAAAUAUGCGUAUUAAAGUUGAAGAUGCACCGAUGGUUCGAGGUGGAUUAGGUGGUAUUCAAAAUCCUGGAGGACUAGGUGGUCGUCAAGUACAAGAUCGAACAUAUUUCGUUGGUCUUGUUCGAUCAAAAGUAUCGGAUCUUGAAUCAGAAAUUCAACGAUUACGACGUGAAUCUGAAUCAUUCACUGAAGAUAAUAAACAAUAUUUUGCAUUGAGCAAAGCUGCUGAAGAUUUAUCACAACAAAUCGAAAUUUUACGUAAUGAAUUAGGCGAUUAUAAUAUGGUCAUUGAUCGAUUACAAACAACAGGCGAAGUGGCUGAAUUGAAAAAAGAAAUUGCAGAUUUAACUGCUCAUAAUCAUCAAGUCGAAUCGAGUAUUGAUGAAAUUUAUCUUGAAAAACAAAGAAAAGAACAACGAAUUCAACGGCUCGAAGGUGAUCUUGCUGCAGAAAAGAAAAAAGCUGAAAGAGUUCUAGAAAAUAUGAAUCCUGAAUUAAAACAACGUUACACUAAAAUAAGAUCGACAUCCCAUCAUUUUCAAACUCAAAUGGAUACAAUGCAAAAUGAAAUAACUUCGCUCGAAGGUCAAAUGAAUAAAAUGCGUGAACAAAUGUCGGGCGCAGUGAUUAAACAAGAAGCAUUAUCAUUAGUUGAACAAAUCUAUGAACUUGAAUUUAAACGUGAUCAAUUAAGUAAUGAAAGUAAAAAUAUUCUAACACCAGAUCAGGAACGUCAAAAAUUAACACAACAAGUCAAAGAAGAUAAUCAAGAAAUAGCUGCUAUGGAUAAACAAAUCAGCGAAUUACGAGAACGAAAUGAAAACCUGAAACAAAACUAUGACAACGACGAUGUUCAAGCAUCAUUAUUAGUUGCACAACAGAGUAAAUCCACGGCAGCAGCAGCUGAUGAUGAAACAAAACAAAAAUAUCUUGAAUUAAAAAAACGUGAACUGCAUAUUGAUGAAUUCUUUUCGACCUAUGAGGAAACACGUGAUCAAUAUUUAAACGAUGUUAAAAAUGUGCAAAAAUCCAAUUUAACAUUAUUAGCAUUGAUUAGUCGUACACUUGUUAAAGGUGAUCAAGGUAUAUCACGUGAUGAUUAUACACAAUUGAAAACAAAUGUUGAUCAACAUGAAGCCGAAAAGAAAAAAUCGAAUGAUACUUUAGCUAUUCUAGCUGAACAACAUCGAAAAGUUAAACAAGAUUAUGCAAAAGUUGAAACUCUUGAUCAAAAACUAACAGAGGAACUUAAAGAAUUAAAAAAACAAUAUGCUAAAAUGCAAGAAGACCUUGAGAAAUUCAAUGAUUUAGAAGGACUGAAGAAAAAAGCUGAAAAACGUAAAAUACAAUUAGCUGCUGACAAAAGUAAUAUGGGUAAACAGAGGCAAGUUACUAAAAUGGAAAUACAAACUUUGCAAUCACAAUUUGAAGCUGCACAAACACAACUACGAGAUAAUGAAACACAUCAACAACUUGUUGGUCUUGAAAAGAAAUUACAAAGUGUUUCUCAAGCCUGUUUUCUCACUGACGAAGCUCUUCAAUCUCAAAAUGUGCAAGGUCAAUAUGAACAAAUUAAACGUCAAGCAUUAGAACUCGUUCAAGCGCAUAAUCGUUGGCUGAUACAGAAUUUCCAAAAUUCGCCUAUUGCCUAA